AUGGCACCCAGCUACUCCGACGUGGACGAAGUCACGGGCACAUUGCAGACCUUCCAGAGUCUUUCUGAUGUGGAAUGUGGCGGCAAGGAGAUGUCGCCCACGCAACACCACAGGGAGAAAUAUGGACGUGACGAGGCGGCGAGGAGUUGUGAUACGAGCGUUCAAAUAAAUAAGAGCUUUCCAGCCCGACGCAGCCCUCGUAGACGGCAUGCAAUCGUGUUGCCAACACGUCGACGAAAGAUAUCUGAUGUCUCCGACAUCAUUCACUCCGACGACAAGGAUAGAGACGCACGGGACUUCUUCAACACGAGCCCUUCCAGCAUUUCUGGCGACACUUCCGAGGUGAACGGUGAGAGAACGUCUUCAGACGACGAGUGGUCCCACCGAUGCUUCAAGAAGGUAACUCGACGACCGUACAGACGCGCAAUCGACUCAUCGUUGUCGUCAUCUGGCAUUUCCGACGUCGACGAACCCGUGGAUUAUCGUCGCAAAUUGGGUCAUAGCCGAAGUCGAGGGGAUAAAAAGCAGUUGUCAGUUGACGAGUCACCUGUCACUCUCUCUCUCCCUUCACCACCACCACCUGCCUUCUGUAGGCGAAUGACGAACAAGUGGAGGCGAGCAGCCGAGGAAAGGUCGAAGCCACUACAGGAGGAUUCCAUCACCACCUCAUGCAACCAGGAAUGCAGGCAAUGCAGACGACGUCAAACACGUCUCGUUCAGCAAUCCAGUGACACGUCCACAGAUUUGGGCAUCUCCACCUCCGACAUCGACGACGCUGCAUGCGAACCCACCAAGAACACCGCCUUCGAAGUUGCAAAAGCCGAUUCAGAAAUUGACGAGGCAGAUGAAGACAAGUUGACGAGAGAAUUGGUGGUGGCGAAGUUAAGAUGUCAAAGAUCCACUCUUUACUCACAAAUGGAGGCGCACCACUGCAAGAUGUGCUGCGACAUCGAUGCACAGACCUCCAAAUGCGAAUUCUGCGGUCUCGCUCUAUGCGACGUCUGUUUUCGCCUUCACUUUGAUACCCAUGCCGAAAAUGUGAGAAAUCGCUUGGAGAGCCUUCGUAAGCUAGUAGCCACCAACAGUCAGAAUCAGACACGUCACCGUCUAGUGCUGGAGAUCGACAAAUCUAUGUUAGACCUUAUUAUAGCCAGCAACAUAGCGCUGGAUCGCGCCCUAGACGUCUAUCGAGGCACUGCUUCCGUAUGCACCUCCUUCAUUGGCUCGCUCGUGGACCGACGAAUUAAAAUUUCCAACUCCCUGAAGUACCUCCUUCGGCAGAUUCCGAGGGUUCUAAUAAGUGGUGAUGUGUACGAAAUGAUGUAUUUCAUAAAGGUGGCUAAAAGCGUCUACGAGCGGAUGGAAGAACUCCAAAUUGCCAUAGGAGAUCCGAGAUCGAAGGAAGUCUUCAAACUAUCCCUUACUAACGCCUUUUCCUCUUUUGGUCCCCUAUUCGAACAGAACAGUCUCCUCCUCCCAUUGGACGGUUACGACCACCCUCAAGGUCACUCGGAUGUCCAAUCAAAUACGGAGCUGCUUCAAAAGGUCAACAAGAACCUCGACGUCAGCUGCCUGGAGUUGAAGAAGAUGUGA